AUGCCCUUACCAUGUUACCCAUCAGCAGCAGGCACCGGAGGAGGUGCUGGCGCAGUCACUCAAUCGCCUUCGGCUAGUUAUUCACCACCUUCACAGACGGGAGUAUACCCUCCACCUGCAGGGAACCUACCAUACUACACACAACCACCGCCUUAUGGUGUUAAUUCUUUAUAUGGUCCGCCUCCUCCUGACCCUAUCUGGCCUUAUUUCCCGUACUACUAUAGAAAACCUCCGCACAAGACAGAUGAUCAGUCAUCGGGAACAACAGUUAGGAAUGGAAAAUCAAUCUUCAUCAUCACAGCUACCACAAGUCUUGUUGUAUUUAUUAUUCUAGUUAUUUCUAGUUUAGGGAAUUACUAG